AUGUCUACACGAGAAAACCUGCCUAGCUCGCUGCACUCGCUAAUCGUCUGCAAGAAGGGGUCCCUUAAUGUGGUUUCAACGAUCAACAAUAAUGUUGACAUUCACGGUGCCGAUCCAAAUCAAGACUUUUGCUCAACGACUCAUCUUGUCGAGCUUCGUGGCGGUCCCAUCUGCACACCCUCAAUCAUAAAACGAAUCGCCUUCGCUCGUGGACCAGAUUCCAACGAAACGAAAUUGAAACCUGAGCCCGUAUCCAUUGAACUGUUGAAACAUCAUGAAUGGAAAUUACAGUUCUCAGGUCUGACAGCCAAACCAGACCCUUUCAAGACUAUGAGCUUACCAGUAAUAGUAUUGAACAUCCUUGAAUUUCAUUUUGUUCGCCUCCCUCCGCACAUGACCGCGCGUCAGCCAGCCUUAGCGUCAAUAAUUUUAACGGUGAUAAGCCAACUCCGAAACUUAAGAAGUCUUGAACCGGGCAUGCUGCGCGGCUACCCUCAGAAUCGAUUCCAAAAUGGUGAUCACCCUACUGAUGGGAUCACUUUGCACCAAACUCUUAACUCGUAG